AUGGCCCUCCCUCCUCUGAAAUCGAGUUUCAUCUAUGAUGGUUGUAAAAAUCCGGAAAAAAGCCAACAAAAUUUUCAAGAAAUAAUUUCCAAAGCUCCGAAUAACAGUGAGUGGUUUGCUUUCAGUGAUCUGUAUGAGUACCAGGGCUUUUGGUUCACUCCCAAGUUCCUGGAAGGAACCAUACUAGCACAAGAACAAUUCAAGCCUCAACUAAAUGAUAUUAUUUUGUGCAGCUAUCCAAGAACAGGUACUACAUGGCUUAAGUCCUUGAGUUUUGCUAUUAUUAACAGAAGCAACUCGGAUUCUUUGAUUAAUCCAGUUAAUCCUCUGCAUUCUGUUAUGCCCCAUGAUUGUGUUCCUUUUUUGGAAGUUGAUCUUUUUCAACAAAAAACCAUCAAAUAUUAUCCAAAAAUUCCCCUCUUGGCGACUCACCUGCCUUAUAGUUCACUUCCUCAACCUGUUAUCGACUCAACAUGUAAACUAGUUUACAUCUGUCGGGAUCCAAAAGACGUGUUUGUUUCUCUGUGGCACUUCUUAGGCAAUGUGAAAGGCAAGGAAACAAAUACUGAUGAGUUUUCUUUGCAGAAAGGAUUUGAUUUGUUUUGCAAUGGGGUGUCGUUACACGGGCCUUACUGGGAUCAUGUGUUAGGAUAUUGGAGAGCUAGUCUUGAAUGGCCAGAAAAGAUAUUCUUUAUAAAAUAUGAGGAUCUUAAGAAGAAAACAUCAAUUCAUGUGAAGAGACUGGCUGAGUUCAUGGGGUAUCCGUUCUCUUUAGACGAACAAAGAGAGGGCGUGGUGGAGAAGAUAAUAGAAAUGUGUGAUUUUAAUAAUUUGAGGAAUUUAGAGGUGAACAAGAAGGGAGAGUAUGCCAUAUUUGAAUCUGUUGUGGUGCAAAACCAGAAGUAUUUCAGAAAGGGUGAAGUCGGAGACUGGAAAAAUUAUUUGUCCGCGGAUAUGCAAGAACGUUUGAACUGCAUUGUUGAUCAGAAGUUACAAGGUUCAGGCUUAACUCUCUGUUAAUUUCCACACCAAAACUUUGAAUAAAAGCCGCCUUGCUGCUCCCACCUUCGGGCUUCGUCUGCUCCAGCUCCGUCAUCUUUAUUAUAAUUAUUGUGUGCCAGAACACUACUCUUGUAUGUUUAUUGUUUACUAGU